AUGAGUGUGAGCUGCAUCACCCAGAGGGGACAGCAGCCUGUCCGAGCACUUCUCGCACUUUCACAGACAACUUUCCUUCUUGAAAACAAAGGACCUCCCCCUCCCCCUGCUCCCACCGCAGAGGUUUCAGAGGUUUCAGGCGUGUGCCCAGGAGAGAGGGACCUUGUCUUUGUACCAGUGUACCUUUCCCUCUGGAGGCGUCUACCUGUAGGGGGCGCACGUGCCGCUUUGCUGAUUUUGCCUUUGCUGAGUUCUAAUGGCAGAGCAUGUAACUCACUGAGCAAAGAAAGGAAACAGCAACAGACAGGCCAGGGCUUCAUGGGAGGGCUCCCGCACACCCAGAGCCCCGAGUGCCCCUGGGCAGUGACGGGGAGGAUGUUCAUUCUUCAUCAAUCUUGCUAA